GUUUUAUUGAUCAAUUUUGAAUUAGGAAAAAAAUGUCAGACUCAGGCGAGUCGCCGAGUUCUUCACCACCAGCACCACCAGCUGAUUCAGCUCCUCCGCCAGAUACUUCAUCUGGAAAUUCUGCUCCUCCACCUGUUGAUUCUUCUCCUCCUAGUCCACCGGCUGAUUCAUCACCACCGCAGCCGUCAGAACCGUCGCCUCCUCCACCCGAUUCACAGCUUCCUCCUUUACCUUCGAUUCUACCUCCAUUAACAGAUUCUCCACCUCCACCUUCUGAUUCUUCUCCACCAGCUGAUUCAACACCUUCUCCGCCGCCACCGACGUCAAACGAAUCGCCUUCUCCUCCGGCGGAUUCUGAAACACCACCGGCUCCACCAAAUGAAUCCAAUAACAACAACCCUCCUCCGUCUCAAGAUGUUCAAUCUCCUCCUCCAUCUUCGCCGAGUGUAGGACCCACGAACCCGGAAUCACCACCGUCACAAUCUCCUCCGGCUCCACCAUCAUCAGAUCCUACCAAUUCACCUCCAGCUCCACCAUCAGACCCUACCAAUCCUCCCCUAAUUCAACCAUCAGGACCAGCCACUUCUCCUCCGGCUAAUCCCAACUCGCCGCCGAGCCCAUUCUACACAGCACCACCCAAAACUGCUUCCGGUGGACCUAUCGUUUCUCCAUCUCUCACAGUUCCCAGCAAAGGAAUGCCUUCUCCAAACCAAGGCAAUGGAGAUGGCGGCGGCUAUCAAGGAAAGACUAUGGUUGGUAUGGCUGUAGCGGGUUUCGCGAUAAUGGCGCUUAUAGCGGUUGUGUUCUUAGUGAGAAGAAAGAAGAAGAGAAACAUUGAUAGCUAUAAUCACUCACAGUACUUGCCACAUCCAAAUUUCUCUGUUAAAUCAGAUGGAUUCUUAUACGGUCAAGAUCCAGGUAAAGGUUACUCCUCUGGUCCUGGUGGUUCAAUGUACAAUUCACAGCAACAACAUUCCUCUAUGGGAAACAGCUUCGGCACACAGGGUGGUUAUCCUCAUCAUCAAAUGCAAUCCAGUGGCACACCUGACUCUGCUAUACUCGGAAGUGGCCAGACUCAUUUCAGUUACGAAGAGCUUGCGGAGAUAACACAAGGCUUUGCUCGCCACAACAUUCUUGGAGAAGGCGGAUUUGGAUGUGUCUAUAAAGGUACAUUGCAGGAUGGUAAAGUUGUUGCGGUUAAGCAGCUUAAAGCUGGAAGUGGACAAGGUGACCGUGAAUUCAAGGCAGAGGUUGAGAUCAUCAGCCGUGUUCACCAUCGCCAUUUGGUCUCUCUGGUCGGUUACUGUAUUUCAGACCAGCAUAGAUUGCUUAUCUAUGAGUAUGUUUCUAAUCAAACCUUGGAGCAUCAUUUGCACGGAAAGGGUUUGCCAGUUUUAGAGUGGUCUAAGAGAGUCCGGAUCGCUAUAGGCUCAGCCAAAGGGUUGGCGUAUCUUCAUGAAGACUGUCAUCCGAAAAUCAUUCACCGGGACAUAAAGUCAGCAAAUAUUCUUCUAGAUGAUGAAUAUGAAGCUCAGGUUGCUGAUUUUGGACUUGCUAGACUCAAUGAUACAACACAAACUCACGUUUCAACUCGGGUUAUGGGAACCUUCGGGUACCUAGCGCCGGAAUAUGCAUCAAGUGGAAAACUGACUGACAGAUCCGAUGUUUUCUCAUUCGGGGUUGUUCUCUUAGAGCUUGUAACUGGACGGAAACCAGUUGACCAGAGUCAGCCUCUAGGAGAAGAGAGUUUGGUCGAAUGGGCGCGCCCGCUGCUUCUCAAAGCCAUUGAGACCGGAGAUUUAAGCGAACUUAUUGAUAGACGGCUUGAAAAGCAUUAUGUGGAGCAUGAAGUCUUCAGAAUGAUCGAGACAGCCGCUGCAUGUGUUAGACAUUCUGGUCCAAAACGUCCACGCAUGGUUCAGGUUGUGAGAGCAUUGGACUGCGACGGAGACUCGGGAGAUAUUAGCAACGGAAUCAAAGUUGGGCAAAGCACAACUUAUGACUCAGGGCAAUACAAUGAAGACAUCAUGAAAUUCAGAAAAAUGGCGUUUGGUGUUGAUAACAGUGUAGAGUCAGGAUUGUACAGUGGAAACUACUCUGCCAAAAGCUCUUCAGAUUUCUCAGGGAAUGAAUCUGAGACUCGGCCUUUCAAUAACCGACGGUUCUGAUCAUACAAUAGGUGAAAGUAACAGAUACCUCUGCCUCCUUGGGCGUUGUAAAGUCAUUCUUUUCGUAUCUUGCAUUUCUUGGUAGGUGCCUUUAGUUUUUGUCCUCUUAAUGGCGAAAUUCCCUCAGAAAAAAAGAAAAAUAGAACCCAGAUAAGUUGUGAAAGAGUUAUUUGUAUCUUGUUUUACUUUUUCUCCGUUCUGUGUUCCUAAUUUUUGUUUGAGUGAAGAGGAUAGUGAAGAAGAACUCUGUAUUCUGAUAAAAACGUUCUUCUAUAAAUUUGUUGAUUCUUA